GCUCACCUGCGUUCGGGGAGGAGCCUGCGGGAGCUGCUCUUUACCCCGCCGCCGAGAGCUGUCCUUCCAUCCCCGCCGAGAGGAGCAGGGAGCCGGCAGCCAGCGCCCACCGCCACCGUGCCGAGCCGGGACAGCAGCUGGGAACCGGCCAACAUGUUCAAAGGGGUGGGCAAAAGCUCCCCGAGCAGGAGUUCCCCCGGCAGGGGCUCCCCGGUCAAACCGAGCAAGUCCUCCACAAAYGAGCUGGCCGUGCUCAUCUCCUGCAUGCAGACAAACGCUGACCAGGUGGAAAAAGACAUCCUGGAGACUCAGUCCAAGCUCCAGCAGGAUUCCAGCAACCAGCAGAAGAACAAGGCUUUUGAGUUCCAGACAGAGAAUGCCAGGAACCUGAAGGAGGCUGAGACCCUGCUGAAGGAUCUCUUCCUGGACGUGGACCGUGCCAAGAGGCUGAAACACCCACAGGCUCCUGAGAUAGAGAAAGACAUCCAGCAGCUCCACGAGCGUGUGACGCAGCUCUGCGCCGAGUACCGCGCCCUCUACGAGCAGCUCCACGUGCCCGAGGUGGGGCCCAGGGUGGACUGGGCCAGGAUCCUGGACCAAAAGAUGAAACAAGUCACUGCAGGGCAGUACGGCCCCGGCAUGUCGGAGCUGGAAAAGCAAAUCGCCGAGCACAACAUCCUGCAGAAGGAGAUCGAGGCCUACGGGCUGCAGAUCAAGAACCUCCGCUCCGGGGACGUGGCAGAUUUAAAAAGCCAGUACAAGGACUUGCUGAAAGCUUCCAUCUGGCGGGGGCAGAGCCUGGGCAGCCUGUACCACCACCUCCAGGGCUGCACCAAGGAGCUGAGCUACCUGACAGAGCAGCAGACCAAGAUCCUGAAGCAGGACUGGAGUGACCAGAUGAUGGAUGUCCAGAGUGUGCGCCGCGAGUACGAGGAUUUCAAGUCCAACGAGCUGCUCAGCCAGGAGGAGUUUGUGAACCACCUUCAGGACGAUGGGGACAGGAUGAUUGAGCUGAAGCACCCAGCCAUCAAACCCAUCCAGGCUCACCAGGAAGCCUUGAAGAAUGAGUGGCAGAAUUUCCUGAACCUCUGCAUUUGCCAGGAGAGCCAAUUGAAAAGCGUGGAGAACUACAAGAAGUUCCAGGAUGAUGCUGAGGCUGUGAGCCGCUCCCUGAAGAAGAUGAGCUCUGACCUGGACACCAAAUACAGCAAAUACAACAAAGACAGCCCUGGGGUGGUGUCAGAUCUGCUGCUUCAGCUGGAGAGUGAGGAGAAGGCCUUGAAGCAGGCAGAGAAGAGCAUCACUGACCUGAAGAGAAGGAGCAAAGAGAUCAGCCCUCUGAAACUGCGCAGGACACAUCCCUCCCAGCCCCUCACCCUGGACACCCUCUGCGACUGGGAUGCUGGAGAGGUGCAGCUGACCACAGGGGACAAGUACACCCUGAAGGACAACAGCAACCCCGAGAUGUGGGUGGUGCAGAGCAGCACUGGUGUGGUCCAGGAGGCACCUUCUGCUUGUUUCUCCAUCCCUCCUCCUGACCCUGAGUCCAUCGACAAGGUCAACAGGCUGGAAGGGGAGCUGAACACGGUGAAGCAGAAGCGAGCGGCGGUUCAGAGCAGCCUGAGACGCAGCCAGAAGGAGCAGGUCCAGCCCAGCCAGCAAGCUCUGUCCAGGAGCCCUCCAGCAGUGCAGGAUGAUCCCCAGGCUGACCGGCUCCUCAGCAGCYUGGAUCGUGUUGGCAAGGACCUGGUGCAGGUGGAGAAGGAGGUUCUGAACCGAGUGAGGUCUCCUGUGAACUACAGUGACCCUACAGAUGACCUUGGCAGGAGGAUCAAACAGCAGCAGGAAACAACAAAGAAACUUGAGAACCUGGGGGCAGCCAAGGAUGCCUUGCAGAAGGAGUGUGAGACCUACCUUUCCAAGAAACCCASCAGCACCUCGGCUUCCCAGCUCCCUGUCACGCUCAACACCCUCAGGAGCAAAUACAACGAUGUCAAUAUGCUCUCCAGCCUGUACAACGAGAAAGCUAAGGCUGCCCUGAACCUGGAGACUCAGAUUGAGAACACAGACAAGAUUGUCAGCACAUUUGAGGCCAAGCUGGCUCAGGACAGCAUCAUUCCUGCAUCCCCCAAUGCCCUGCAGGACCGGGCUAAUGACCUGCAGAAGAUGAGGAGGGACCUGGUGGCCCAGGAGGACUGCGUGCUGAAGCUGAACCGGGCGCUCAAGGAUGCCGAGCACAGCUGCAGUGCUGUGCAGAACAACUUCCAGGAGUACUGCCCYGACCUGCCCCGGCAGAAACGGGAGGUGCAGCUCCUCAAUGACCGCUACCACGCCGUGGCUGACCAGCUGGAUCAGCGAGAGAAGACCCUCAGAAAUAUCAGCCUCAGCUACCAGCAGUUCCAAAACUCCAAUGAGAACCUGAUGUUUUGGAUGAACAACCUACCCAAGCACCAAGUGAAGACCACGGAUGGGCCCAGCCAGAUCAAUUACAAGCUGCAGGCACAGAAGAGGCUGGUGCAGGAGAUCCAAAGCAAGGAACCUGAGAAGAACGCCCUGGUCAGGCUGUCCCAGAACGUGCAGUCCACACUCAAUGACUAUGAGCUCGAAGCAGGCAAGUACAGCUCUUCUCUGGAUCCUUCCCUGACAGACUCUGCUGCAAAGAGGCUGCGCGUGACCCCCCUGCAGGAGAGCAUCCAGGCCCAGGAAAAUGAUGUCACCAAACUCUACAUGGAGCUGGCAGCAGAAAAUCAACAGCAGCUCAGCCGGCUGGAGUUUGCCAAGAAGGUUGUUGACAAGAAGGAAGUGCAUGAGGACAUUGAAGCUGUGCAUGAGCAAACCCAGAAAUCUGAAAACAAAGCCGCAACAAGCAGGGAAUCUGAGGGGUUGAAAUCACAGCUGGAGGAGGAAAGAAGGAAAGCGGCCAGGAUCGAAGAGGACCUGGAGGAACACAGAAACAAGCUACUGAUGCUGAAAACUCAGAAGCCCAUUGAAAGAGUGGAAGAAAAGGAGGUGAUUGAAUACUGCAGGGACCCACAGGUGGAGAGCAACCUGUCAAGGAUGGUACAGCAGAUUGAAGAGGAAGGCAAAAAGAGGCAGAGCCUGGAAGAAAACAUUGAUGUGAUAAGCCGUAAACUUGCCCAGAUGGAGAGUGAGAAGAAGGUCRCUCCUGCCCAGCUCCUCACCAAAGAGAUCACAAAAAUUGAGAAGGAUCCAAGCCUGGAUGGCCAAGCAGCCACUCUUCGGCAGGAGAUCAAACGUCUCCAGGAGGAAAGCUUGGCUGCUGCUUCUGAACUUGAGCAGCAAAAGAGGGAGCUGCACAUGCUGGAGCGAAAGCAGCCCAACAUCCGAGAGAAAGUGGUGGUGAAGGAGCUCAUCAAACUGGAGAAAAACCCAGAAAUGCUGAAGUCUGUCAGGACCCUGCAGUUACAAAUCGAUGAGGAAUCCUUCAAAAGAAAGUCUGCAGAAGAAGCRAUAGUGAAAGUGAAGAACAAGAUUGAAGAGGUGGAAAGACUGAUUGAAACAGCAGAACCCAAAAUUAUUGUGAAGGAGGUGAAGCAGGUAGAGCAGGACCCGGAGUUGUUGAAAGAGACUUCCAAGCUUAAAACUCUGAUUGAAGAAGAGAGGAGCAAAAACUUGGCACUUACGAGUGAGUUGGGAGAGCUGCAGAGCCAGUACAGCAUCGCAGAGAAGCAAAAACCCAGGAUAGAGGUGAAAGAGAGGGUCAACGAGAUCUUCAUGGUGGACCCUGAAACCGAGCGGCAGAUUGCACACCUGAAAAGGGAACUGCAGGAAGUCACUCUGAAAAGGACAAAGAUUGACAGUGAGGUGGAAGAGGCCUUAGCAGAGCUCAAYGUCCUCAGGUCGCAGAAACCAGAGGUGGAGUUCAAGGAGGUCAUYGAGGAGGUGGUGAAACAUGAGAAGAGCCCGGAGAUUCUCAGAGAAAUUGAUAGGCUGAAAGAGCAACUGAAUGAACUUGUGAACACCAACGGCAGGACCCAAGAGCAGCUCAUUAGGCUGCAGGGUGAAAGGGAUGAAUGGAGGAGGGAGAGAUCCAAGGUGGAAACCAAGCUGGUCAACAAGGAAGUGAUCCGAUACGAGAACGAUCCGCUCUUGGAAAAAGAAGCCGAUCGUCUGCGUCAGGAGGUGCGCAACAUGUCCCAGAAAAGAAGAGCUGCAGAGGAUGCCAUCUACGACCUGCAGAAUAAAUACAUGCUGCUGGAGAGGCGGAAGCCGGAGGAGAAGGUGGUUGUUCAAGAGGUGAUUCUGACCCAAAAGGAUCCCAAGCUCCGAGAUGAGCACAGCAGGCUGAGACGGAGUCUGGAUGAGGAGGUGAGCAACAGGCGUCGCCUGGAACGCGAGGUGCAGCAGGUUCGUGUGCUGGUGGAAGAGCAGGAGAAGCUGCUCAACUUCCAGGAGGAUCGAAGCAAGAGGCUUGCCCUGGAGAAGGAGAUGAGACAAAUCACGCUGAGAAUAAAGGAGCUGGAGGAGAGCCCAGCCCCAGUGCAAGAGAAGAUCAUUAUGGAAGAAGUGGUCAAGCUGGAGAAGGAUCCAGUCCUGGAACAGUCUGCCAGCAACCUGCGCUUGGAGCUGGACAGGGAGAAGAUGGAGGUGCUGAGCUUGCAGAGAGAAUGCAAGAACCUGCAGGUACAAGUUGAUGUCCUGCAGAAAACCAAAUCCCAGGAGAAAACCAUCUACAAGGAGGUGAUUCGUGUGGAAAAGGACAGAGCGCUGGAGAGUGAACGCGCACGCAUCUGGGAGCUGCUGAGCAGGGAGAGAGGAGCCAAGCAAAAGGCAGAAGAGGAGGUACGGAGGCUCCGGGAGAAGAUYGAGAGAGCUGAAGGCAUGAAGAGGACAUGGGCUCGUGAAGAGACAGAGCUGCAGAAAGCCAGGAACCUGGCCAUCCAGGAGAGAGCCAGCCUGGAGAGUGAACUGCRGGAGCUGGAGAGGCAGAAGCAGCAGAAAGUCCUCUUCCUUCGGGAGGAAUCCAAACUGCUCAGCCAGCGGACUGAGAAYGACAGGCAGAAGAAGAAGCAGCUGGAGCAUGAGUUUUCCCUGCUGGAGGCAGACAUCCUGAGGGAGAAGGACCAGAUCUACAACAAGGAGAGGUUCAUUCGGGACCUCCAGUCAAAGGUCAACCGUGAAGAAAUCAAUCAUGAGACCCAGAUGAGAGAGACGAACCUCUCCACCAAGAUCUCCAUCUUGGACCCUGACACAGGGAAGGACAUGUCCCCYUACGAGGCCUACAAGCGAGGUAUCAUAGACAGAGGCCAGUACAUCCAGCUGCAAGAGCUGGAGUGUGACUGGGAAGAAGUCACMACCCUGGGCCCAAAUGGGGAGAUCUCACUUCUCCUUGACAAGAAAAGYGGGAAGCAGUAUUCCAUCGAUGAUGCGCUGAGGCUGAGGAGGAUCACAAAGGAGGAGUACCAGCUGUACCGGGAUGGAAAGAUUCCCAUCUCAGAAUUUGCCUUGCUGGUGGCUGGGGAAACCAAGCCUCCCUCCUCCCUCUCGAUUGGCUCCAUCAUCUCCAAAUCCCCRCUCACAUCCCCCACCACCCACCAAAGCCAAACCUUCUUCCCCCCAGCCCCGCAGAAGGGCAUUUCUGAUGACACAUCCCCCAUCGCCGGGGUGUAYGACACCACCACCGACACCAAGUACAACAUCAAAACUGCCGUUGCGAAGAAGCUGCUCGAUCCCAUGACAGCUCAGAAGCUCCUGGAAGCCCAGGCUGCCACGGGGGGCAUCAUAGACCUCAUUUCUCGGGACCGCUUCUCGGUCCAUAAGGCAAUUGAGAGGGGGCUGAUCGACAGGACCUACAUGCAGAGACUGCUCAACGCCCAGAAAGCUUUCACGGGCAUCGAGGACCCGGUGACCAAGCGAAGGCUGUCUGUGGGGGAAGCAGUUCAGAAGGGUUGGAUGACCAAGGACAGUGCUUUCCCCUACCUGCAAGUGCAGCAUCUGACUGGGGGGCUCAUCGAUCCCAAGAAAACAGGUCGCAUCCCGGUGCUGGAAGCUGUCCAGACAGGGAUGAUAACGAGCAACCUGGCCAACAGGCUCCAGGAUGAGUCCAACUAUGAAAAGGAUCUCAUUGACCCUGUCUCUAAAGAGAAGAUAAACUACAAGGAGGCCAUGGCCCUCUGCCAGAAGGAUUCUCUGAGUCACCUCCUGCUCCUCCCAGCCGCAUCAGAGGGGUAUCAGCGGUACCACCAGGCGAGCCGCUCCCCCAGGCUCUCRCGGUUCAGGCAUUGAGUGGAUUCAGGCACAUUCUGGGGCUGGUUCCUUCAGUUCAUUCCUUCAGAACACCUCUCCCCACGGAGGCAGUGGGCUCACAGGAACGGAGCAUCUAGCAUUUAGGACUGCCUACUCUUCUCUUUUAGCUACCUGCUUCCCAACACAGCUCGGCCRUGCGAGGAAGGGARCGUGGUCACGGGCCUGCCAUGGAGGGGAUCCCACAGUCCCUGGGUGCUGUUCCCUARUCAGCCCAAAGAGGGGUUGAUGCUGAGAACUCCAGGGGCAGGGGGUUUAAGUGUGGUUAUGCCCAGAAAGGGGGAGAGCCAAAGUGUUUUCCAGUUGGGUGAUUCUGCAUGCAAUAAACAUAGCAAGUGAGUGUCUKUGGCUGUGUUGUCUCUGCAGGCUGUGGCUGAAGGCACAGCUGCUCCUCCCCCAUGCCAUCCCAUGUCCUGCAGCCCAAUCUACAGAGGGUUUGCAGACUCUUGCUCUCCCUGAUCUCCUAGCACUGAAACCCCUAAAAUGUCCUUCUGACUGUGAGUCCAUAUUUUAAAAGAUUUUGUUAUAUUUAUCAUUGAAAACCAAGGGGACUUUGCUUCCCGGUCAUUCGGACACCUCUGAAAGAAGGACUUGAAUUCCAAGGGGGUGCAGUCCCACCCAACAGUACCAGAAAAUCAGCACUUGCUGUUUCUUUAGGUGARCUARAAGUUACUUCUCUGUGUAACUUCCWCCACUCAGUCCUUCCUGAAGCAAGSCAGCCUCAUAUCCUAGAUGCUCUUCCCUAGUAUCUGCCYUAUUGUGGAGCAUCCCCUGRUGUUAUGGGAUGAGAAAAAUUACGUUYUAUUGACAUCAGCUCUGCUUUCCCCUCUCUUUUAGCUGAUGCUAUUCAGGAACUCCAACCUACCCCCAAUAAMCCCCCUCCUCUGCCCACCAGAGCAGCAGCACAGUCUCUGUUUCCAUAAAGCCUAGCUGGAAUUUGAAGUCUGGACACCAGGAAGAAACUGUUCCCACUCUGUCAGGCUCAGCACACCCAGUUCCCAUUACCUUCCUGCUGGUAGCUCGUGCCCAGCAUUUACAAUCCGAAACUCCAGUUUUCCAGUCAGAUCUGCCCAGGCUCUGUCCCAGGCUMUGUCCCAGGCUCUGCAGGGUCUCUGCCUGGUGGCUGCUGUUCGUGGCCAUCUCAGCUGCCAUGAUCAAUGCUGGAUGAUUUGUUGGCUCACAACAGGGAAAACCAUUGCACACAGCAUGGAGCAUCCAUUCCCAGCCUGCUUCCUCUCAGUAAAACACUGCUGGUCUGGACCAGCAGCAAGGGCUGGAGCUGGGCUGUCCUGGACCAUGAGAUAAACUCAGCCCACCAGGCCUUGAAGCACAGGAGCAUGGCCAGGUGAGGAUCCUGGCCCAGCACAACCCAGGCACCCUGGAGCAAUGCAGUCCCCAGGAAUCCUCGGGCCCCAGCUCUUCCAAGGUCUGGGAGCAGCUUUGCUGUGCCCUGGUUUUGCUCCCCUCGGCUUGCUGAAAGCAAGGAGGAUCCAUCAGCAAUGGAGCUGUUACCUUUCCUGCAACCCAGCUCUGCCCAGCCUUCCUCACCUGACUCUGUGAGAUGAUUCAUGGUUUUGGGGAAUACUCUGACCACAAGACUUGGAGUUCUGGUGAUCAGGCAGUCAGUUAAUCACUUUGGACAACGUGCUCCCUAACUGCGUGGUGGGAGGGAUUUACUGGGAUUGGGUGAAGUUUUAAGAGAUGAUGAGAACGCUCAUCAGCAGUUUUGUGUAGUCUGAAAAACACUCACUAAAAAUCCUUUUGUUUGCUACCCAGUGCCCCUCCUCUGCACAAGUAGCUCGUGCCAUGUCCUGAUGUGUCCAUAGGAAGCACCACUCAGCCACUGGGCUCUCCCCAGAGCCUGGCUGUCUGGCAGSAUUGUGAGUGGCUCAGGAGGAGGCAGGCAGGACUUUUCCUCCCUUCCCUGGCACAGGGUGAUGGUGCUGCACUGUGGCUUUCCCUGAGCAGUUAUUUCAACACAGCUGCUGUUGGUUCCCUUUGCUGUCUGUG